AUGGAAUCUUACUCUCAUUUAUGUCUUCUACUUGAUCCAUAAUCCAAAAGUUGCCUACUUUCAGCCUUGCUACGCAAUAAUAAUAUUUCAAGUUUGGACAUUAUCAAUUAACAGAAAUUUGUGAAAUAUUAGAGUAUGAUUAGCGAAUAAAGUAAGGGGGCGAAAACAGAAAAUGUAUUUGCACCUUUUGGCGUUUUAUUUAUUAUGUUGUUGUCCGUCAAAAUUCUAGUAAUGAGAGUGAGAUAUGGUAAAGGCUGCGUCCUAUUUAGCCGCCUUGCCCCUUCCCUAGUGCCACCAUAAGUACACCCUCUCCACUUUCCAUUCCACACAAAUUACUCUCUCUCUCUCUCUGUGUCUACCAAAAAUGGCGCCAGUGAAGAAGAAGAUGCUCUGCAUGGCCACCAUCCUCUGCUUUCUCGCAUCCGCCCGCGCCAGGAUCCCGGGCGUCUACCGCGGAACCACCUGGAAAACCGCCCACGCGACAUUCUACGGCGGCAGCGACGCCUCCGGAACCAUGGGUGGCGCAUGCGGGUACGGAAACCUAUACAGCCAAGGUUACGGCGUGAACACGGCGGCACUGAGCACCGCGCUGUUCGGCAACGGCAUGAGCUGCGGGUCGUGCUUCGAGAUCAAGUGCGACGCGGCGCAGGUCGCCCAGUGGUGCAACCCGGGCAACCCCUCCAUACUGGUCACCGCCACCAAUUUCUGCCCGCCCAACUACGCCCUCCCCAACGACAACGGCGGCUGGUGCAACCCACCCCGCCCCCAUUUCGACCUCGCCAUGCCCAUGUUCCUCCGAAUCGCUAAAUACCGCGCCGGCAUUGUCCCCGUCCACUUCCGCCGCGUGGCGUGCGUAAAGAAAGGAGGAAUCAGAUUCACGCUCAACGGUUUCCGUUACUUCAACCUGGUGCUGAUCAGCAACGUCGCGGGUGCAGGGGAUAUAGUGCGCGCGAGCAUCAAAGGAGCCAAGACGCAGUGGAUGCCACUCAGUCGAAACUGGGGGCAAAAUUGGCAAUCAAACGCGGUCUUGGUGGGGCAGGCCCUUUCCUUCAGAGUUACGGGCAGUGACCGUCGCACUUCAACUGCCUGGAACGUGGCACCAUCUAAUUGGCAGUUCGGCCAGACGUUCACGGGCAAAAACUUCAGGAUCUGAGAUGUUCAAAAUUAGACCGCGAAAAUAGCUGCUACUCCUACUCCUAUAAAAUAGCAAAAUUAGUUUGAUGCUAUCUAUAAUUUCUAAGUUUCUAUGUUAGUGUUCGUUUAUCCACUAAUUAGGACUCUUAACUAAUGGAGAAGAAGCUGAAGCGGCUGCAGCAGCCCGCAGCUUCAACUUAUUACUUUUCUCUAUUAUCAUCAUUUCUUUUUCGGUUUA